AUGAUUUCUUUGGUCGAAACACAGACCCAGCCUGAUACCUAGCAUUCCAAACAUGUUAGACUGGCACCAGACCUAUUCCUCCACUCUUCAAAAAGCAAGCACGCGACGCGUACCUCGAGGAAUUCAAGCCUCAGCGUUCCUUUUUCUCCCUCUUCCGUGCCCCCCGCAUUGUAGAACAAGGUGGUAGCUAUUGGCAUAAAUGUCAUGCUCUGGAUGCUGUUUUUCUUUCCUUGAAUGAGAUCAGCAUCACCAGCGCUUGUCGGUAUGGACGCGCCAACCACAUCAACGAUCAAGAAACACACUUUUACGAACACACUUAUUACGAUUUCCCUUCAACUACUACUCUGGUCCAGUCUAUUUCCUCUCUCAAUUCAAAUUUCCCUAUUCGCUCUCUCCAAGGUCGAUGCAUCGUUGUUUCUGGCAGACAUCCUGUGCAUCGCCGCCGCUGGUACAUCGCUCCUCGUCAUUCUUCUACACAUAGUGAUUGUCCGGCUUCGGGACAACAUCUUCAGCAACUGGGCGAAGGUAGCCGCUGCAGUCUUCAAAGUCAUAAUUCUCUUCGCCUCAUGCAUAGCCGUGCUAUUAUGGAUCACAACGGUUGGUCUGGGAAUAAUCCUGGCUCUCGCCAGACAGCCGACUUGUCGACCAGCAAGUGCUGACACGCAUGAUCUCUGGAGAAAGGGUCGGAUCUGUGUCUUGCAACGGAUUGCGCUGGUCGUAAGCAUGCUGAGCUUCAUCGUUUCCUUUAUCCUCUGUUUCACCUACAACGUAUCACACGAUCCUUUCGCAGCCGGAUUGUUUGGAUCACGACAGCCAAAUCUUUGCUUAUCGCCAUCUGAUCUCCAGAGGAGUCCUCAGAUGGCCGUCAAAAGGCACUCCACACUCUCAUUCAAAUGCCGUUCAGCAUUACUAUCCCCAAUCGCGGUCUCGUCACCUCUCCGCAUCUCGUCGCCCCUGCGGAGGACAAUGAGCAUCAACGUAGAUAAGCCUGAUGCCUUGUGCAUCUCUUCACCACGGCUCUCUAUCGAAAAGUCUCCUCUACUUAGCAAGAGUCCGUCGCAGUCUUCCGCGCACUUGUCUGUACGAUCGAACGAUACUACAGACAGUUCGCAGAACCAGCUGCCCCCGAGGGCCUAUAUGCCUUCGACCACCCGAACGUAUCAACCAUCAAGAGUUCCCACAGACUAUGUCCCCUCUCCUCAUGGUACGCAUCUGUACUCGCCGAAACGUCUUCCCAAGGCAGUUGCUUCGCCUUCAAGGGGCAAACCGCCUGUUCGACCGGUGGGACCAUAUGCUCUGCGCGGCGCUGCCCCUGCUAUCGAUACAACACCCGUCCACACGACGAGUCUCUACACAUCGAGACGUGUUUCGUCGACGUUCCUCACUCCCACCUCAAUGAUCCCGCCCCUCAUGACGAACAACUCCUCUCCCAUGAGAGAGCCAAACACCUACCAGGCCUCACCCCCAGUGCAUAUGCCGCUCAGUCGACCCAUCAACCUGUACUCAUCGAGAAGGGCGCCGACGCCGUUCGCUCCCACGAGUUGUCCCACUGAUCAGGCCUUGCCGAAAAGAGACCCAAAAGCACAAGGCCUUCCCGACUACUCAACAAGGGUACCUUCGACAAUGCUGGCACCUCCGCCUUCGGUUAGACAACUCAACUCAGCACGCCGGGGUGUCAGUUAUGCUUCCAACACGAGUAGUGUAUACAGCCGACACGUGAACGAUGUAUAACACGUAUAUAAACACAUUCCGGCAGAUCAGUCGACUGGUGGGAGAGCUGAGUCAUUUCAACAAGCUCCAUAUAAUGAUGAA